AAGAAAAUCACUGCAGCAUGACAUUUCAACCUUAGGAAAGAAAGCCCCAGGGCUACAAGGUGUUUUCGCACACGCACGCAGUAGCUCAGCUUAAACAUUUUUCGUAGCCAACUUGUUGUGACCUCAUACCUGGGUUACAUGCGUAGGUGCGUGGUGACUGGGUGUGGUUGAGCUGACCGAACGUGUUCUAUCUGUGGUAGUUUUUUGUAUAGUCUUUUUGGAAGAUUCUACAGAGUGCGGAAGCGUCAAGAAGGCAAUGGGGGCUUACGAGAGCACAGGACAUUCCGUCUUCACGUCUUUGGAGCACGCCCCCAACACCAAUCGGGCCGCACGUCGCGUCCCCAACAAGUGCGGGAUCUGCCACAAAGUGUUGACGCUGUCCAAGAGUCUCCGGUGCUCCGAUAACUUCUGUGAGAGCUGCCUGGAGACGUACGUGGACGGCAAGGCCGCCAUCGUGUGUCCGACCUGCGGCGAGGCCGCCGUGCUGCCCCCGGGCGGAGUUGUGAACCUUCCCGACACGUUAUGGGUCCUUCCGACGGACUCGGAGAACGCUUUCGGGGAGGGGACUCCGACUGGCGAUCCCACGGGAAGCCAUGAUCCAGCUUUUACAGUCUGUUCGGACCAUUUCAGCGGGCGAGACGCGUUCUUCUGUAAAAACUGCGACAGGGUCGUCUGCAGCGAGUGCGUCGCCCUAGGGCAGUGCCAACACGGACCGACACCGAUCAGCGACACCAUUAUGCGUAAGAAACACGAACUGCAGAAAGCCUUUGUGAAGUGGCGGGAACAGGCGGCGGAGAGCACGUCGGAACUUUUGCAGGACUUGGACGAAACCGUGGGUAAAAAGGUCACAGGUGGUCUCCAGGCGGGCAAGGAGGCGGUGGAGAAAAUCUUUAAGGAGAAGGAUGAGAGUGAACCUAAGGCUCAGAAGCAACGUCAGAAGUCACACAACGAUGUGAGAAUCUUGCUACUGGGUGACAGUGGCAGCGGCAAGACUUACGUCAUGGGCAAGUACACUGGCCUAGCGGACGGUGACCCCGACUCCACCCUGUCCAUCGACUUCUGCCGGAAAGUGGUGGAAAUUGACGGGAGAAAAGUUAACCUCCAGAGACGCUGUGGGACACCUCUGGUGACGCGAGAUUUCGGUCCGUGA